AUGAACACGCCUCCCUACAUCCACAACUGCGACGAUUCCAAAGGUCCCUGGACCGUCAGCAAGCGAUGCUCACUCUGCAUCCCAGCCCGCCAUGACGCAGGCAAAAAGCUCGGCAAGUCCGCCGCCAUCACCCACCGCCUCCGCCGCGCGACUAACAAGCUCAAACGCCGCACGCCACCCCCGUCACAUUCCGUCUGCUCCGAGUGCGGCGACGAGGGCCGCGCAACAGUGACACUCGCCGAGCCAGACUGGAACCCAGAGCCAGAGUCAUCAUUGUCGUCAUCCGGUUCUGAUGCUAUUGCCCGCCAACGACCAACUGACAACAUAGGUCCCAUGAACGAAACCCCAGCCGACUUCGUAUACAGGCCGUCGAUUCCGGGAGAUCACGAGUACCGCCGCGAGAAACCCGCCGGCGUGGACGAGUGGUUCUGGAGCAGCGGCUCCGGGGAGAGCUACAACACCCGGUUCCCUCCCCCCUCGCUCGUAAAGAGACUGAUCUACAGUUUCUGUUGCUUCUGCGUUGUCAGCAUGGUCGCGCCGAAGCCCCCGAAGCUCACGGAAUCGGAGCGCCGCAAGAAGGAAGAGGAGGGUUGGAACAGACUCCAGCGGGGCAAACGCCGUUCUCGCCCCUGGAUCCGGAUGAUCGAUUGGCAGGCUAUCAAGGCCGCCGAAGAGGAGGAGCGGCAGCAUGCCAAAGAUGAGGUCGGCGUACCCACUGGUCUUGAAGCUAUCGUAGAGGGGACAUCGACUGGAGACGAAUGCGAAUUAGUCCGAUCAGGAGUUUUUGAUUCGGACAGUCGUACUGCACGGUAG